GGAAAAAAAAAAUCACGUCUGGCCUGGCCUUUACGGCCAUAGUCCCGGUAGUCUCGAAGGACAGCCAGUAUUCAGCGCUUGGGAGCAACUGCACCGUGGAGGAUAGCGUAGAGGCCUCGUGGGAACCCUCAGGCUAGCGACGACCGUCACCGCGCAGGCGUCAAUCUUCCUUUCUUGACACUGCAAUUCCCGUAAGGCCAUUCAGCGUCCCCUGCUCCGCUGAAGCCCAGGAGCUUCGCCCGCUCUGAAAGGGUUGGGGAACUCUCCCCGCACUGCAUCAUGGACUACAUAGUCUAACAGAAAACGCCUUUGGGCACAAACUCCCAACCAAGCUCACGUGUUUACCUUUGCACUGGCUGCGGCGGCAGGGCGGGGGCAAAGGGAGAGCAUCUAUGAAGAGUAGCUAUCAGAUUUCGUCAUAAAACCGCGACCAGACGGGCGGCGCCAUCUUCGAACUUGGACUUCCGGAAGGACUUUGGUGAGGGGGCUGCCAUUUUAGGGGGUGCUGAUGGAUACCUGCGGGGUCGGCUGUGUUGCCCUGGGGGAGGCCGGCCCCGUGGGGAACAUGACUGUAGUAGACUCUCCUGGACAAGAGGUGCUAAACCAGCUUGAUGGCAAGACCUCUUCAGAAACAACCAGUACGGAGACUUCUGUAGAGAUGUCUUUACCCACACCUUUGUCUGGAUUUGAGGAUUCUCUUGAUGAGAGGAAGUUCCUUCCAGAGCAGGAAAGCUUCUCCAGACUGGAACAGCAAGAUCUUUCUUCAGAGAUGUCAAAGGUCUCAAAGCCUAAGGCCUCAAAGCCUGGCCGGAAGAGAGGUGGUAGGACACGGAAAGGCCCAAAAAGGCCCCAACAACCUAAUCCUCCAUCAGCUCCUCUGGUUCCUGGUCUCUUAGAUCAAUCCAAACCUCUAUCCACUCCCAUGCCUAAGAAACGAGGUCGUAAGUCCAAGGCAGAGCUGCUGCUGCUGAAGUUGUCAAAAGGCCUAGAUCAGCCAGAGUCUCCACCUCCAAAGAGGCCCCCCGAGGACUUUGAGACCCCGCCUGGGGAACGACCCCGCCGAAGGGCUGCGCAAGUGGCACUUCUGUAUCUUCAGGAACUGGCUGAAGAGCUCUCAACAGCCCUGCCUGCUCCAGUAUCCUGUCCUGAGAGCCCCAAGGUGAGCAGCCCCACCAAACCAAAGAAAACUCGGCAACAGGCAACCUGUCAAGGUGGAGAAGAAGAGGAUGACACUGCACGGGAUGAAGACUUUGUUCUCCAGGUUGAGGCUGAAGAUGGAGAAGAAAGUGAAGCCCCAAGUGAGAGCUCUUCUGACCCUGAGCCUGCCAUGCCCCGAAGCACCCCACGAGGAUCCACUUCAGCGAAGCAGAAGCCACACUGCCGGGGAGUGGCUCCCAAUGGCUUACCAAAUCACAUCAUGGCUCCUGUUUGGAAGUGCCUCCAUCUCACCAAGGACCUCCGAGAACAGAAGCAUUCAUACUGGGAGUUUGCAGAAUGGAUUCCGUUAGCCUGGAAGUGGCACUUGUUAUCUGAACUUGAGGCAGCUCCCUACUUGCCCCAGGAGGAGAAGUCUCCACUGUUUUCUGUACACCGGGAAGGACUUCCUGAAGAUGGCACACUCUACCGAAUAAACAGAUUUAGCUCGAUCACAGCACACCCAGAGCGCUGGGAUGUGUCCUUCUUCACAGGGGGACCUCUCUGGGCUCUGGACUGGUGCCCAGUGCCAGAGGGGGCAGCAGCUUCACAGUAUGUGGCCCUUUUCUCCAGCCCUGAUAUGAAUGAGACACACCCACUGAGCCAACUUCAUUCGGGCCCUGGGUUGCUUCAGCUCUGGGGCCUUGGGACCUUGCAGCAAGAAAGCUGUCCUGGCAACAGGGCCCACUUUGUCUAUGGCAUUGCUUGUGACCACGGCUGCAUCUGGGACCUCAAGUUCUGCCCCAGUGGAGCAUGGGAACUUCCAGGCACCCCUCGGAAGGCUCCUCUCCUGCCUCGACUGGGUCUCUUGGCUCUCGCCUGCUCAGAUGGGAAGGUGCUGCUGUUCAGUCUGCCGCAUCCUGAGGCCCUCCAGGCUCAGCAGCCCCCAGAUGCAAUGAAACCCGCCAUCUAUAAGGUACAAUGUGUGGCAACUCUUCAGGUGGGGUCUAUGCAAGCUUCAGACCCCUCUGAGUGUGGUCAGUGCCUUAGCCUGGCCUGGAUGCCCACUCGGCCCCACCACCACCUGGCUGCUGGAUACUAUAAUGGCAUGGUGGUUUUCUGGAACCUUCCUACUAACUCGCCACUGCAGCGGAUACGACUCUCUGAUGGCUCCUUGAAGCUCUACCCCUUCCAGUGUUUCCUAGCCCAUGACCAGGCUGUGCGUACCCUCCAGUGGUGCAAAGCCAACAGUCAUUUCAUAGUCUCUGCAGGGAGCGACCGGAAAAUCAAAUUCUGGGAUCUUCGACGACCUUAUGAACCAAUAAACUCAAUCAAGCGCUUCUUGAGUACAGAGCUGGCCUGGCUGCUCCCCUACAAUGGUGUCACUGUGGCUCAGGACAACUGUUAUGCCUCUUAUGGACUCUGCGGGAUUCAUUACAUUGAUGCUGGUUACCUUGGUUUUAAGGCCUACUUCACUGCUCCUCGAAAAGGCACCGUCUGGAGUCUUUCAGGAUCUGACUGGCUUGGGACAAUAGCCGCAGGAGAUAUAUCCGGGGAGCUCAUUGCAGCUAUAUUGCCUGAUAUGGCACUGAACCCAAUAAAUGUCAAGCGACCUGUAGAGCGAAGAUUCCCUAUAUAUAAAGCAGAUCUGAUGCCAUAUCAAGAUAGUCCUGAAGGUCAAGGCCACUCUUCUGCUUCAUCUGGGGCCCCCAACCCUCCAAAGGCUCGAACUUAUGCUGAAACUGUCAACCAUCACUACUUGCUCUUUCAAGACACAGAUUUGGGAUCGUUCCACGACCUGCUCCAUAGAGAACCAAUGCUACGCAUGCAGGAGGGAGAGGGGCACUCGCAGCUCUGCCUGGACAGGCUGCAGCUGGAGGCUAUUCAUAAGGUACGAUUUAGCCCAAACCUGGACUCCUAUGGAUGGCUGGUAUCUGGGGGACAGUCGGGGCUGGUUCGGAUCCAUUUUCUCCGUGGACUCACCUCCCCACUGGGCCAUCGUAUGCAACUUGAAAGCCGAGCUCACUUCAAUGCUAUGUUCCAGCCAUCCUCCCCUACUAAAGAGCCUGGCUUCUCUCCAACCAGCCAUUGCCUUCUGCCCAGUCCCUAAUUGUGAUCCACAUGGGACCCUUGGAAUGAAGUCUGCCAAGAACAAAUGGCCCCCAUGCACAGGCCAUAGGAACUGGGGCCUUCCUGGACAGUGAUGCUGCCAGGCCUGGACCUUUAGAUUUGCCUCUCCAGGACUCCUUAGGUACCUCUCCUUCCACAAACUUCUCUUGUCAUCACAACCCCCCUUCCACAGACUUCUCUUAUCAUCAUAGCCCCCUGCGGGCAGGGGGGCUCACUCUCCUCAACUCUCAAGGUUCCUCAGCCUAAAACUAUGGCUCACAAGAAACACUCAGGCCUGACGUACGCUUGGGAGUCAAAUUGCUCAUAUUGAGCAUAUUGUGAAGUGGGUAAAGCUAAGUAAAGGUACUGGGUGUUUUUGAGACCACAUGUGAGUGGGUGUUUGGAGAACUGGAAAGGGUAUCUGCAUGAAGACCCCCGUCUGACUAUAUUCCAGGAUCCAAUAUGACUGCCUUCCUAGCUUCCUCUUUAUAGUAACCAACACACAGGCCCAUGACAGGGUGAUAGUAAUUUAUUGGACUGAAGCUGCUUAUAAUAGUUAUUUAAGGAACAGCACAAACACCCUACCAAUAGAACAGUGGCUCAGAUCUUACUUGCUCCUGCUUUUGAAAUAUUCCCAAUCACUGGUCAUCUGACCCUACUUGAACACUCGUAGACAGUCAGGUUUUAAAAUAUCUUUCUUUAUAUCAAGUCAGAGAGUAUACCUCUAUAAAUUUUACCAUGGGUAUUAGGAAAUCUAGUCAUUCUUCCCUGUGAUUGCCCCUUUAAGUAUUUAAAAAUAGCUAUCAUGUGUUUCCCAAGACAUCUUCUCUAGAUUAAAUAUCUUCAGUUACCUUAACUAUUCUUUUAUACGUCAUGAUUUUUGAUACUUCAUGAUACUGUCACAUUGUUGACUUAUUAAACAUGUUUAGCUACUUUAUUUCAACUAUAUAGGAAGUGUUUAGAGCCCAAGUACAGUAAUAUACAGUAAGUGCUCAACAUCAUCUAUAGGUUCUGCAACUUUGAAAUAAUGUAUAAUGAAACCAGUUUUCCCAUAGGCUAAUUGAUAUAAACAAGAGUUAAGUUCCUAUGGCAUCUCAUCAACAUUAUAAUGAAACAACGUUGAAUGAGAUGAUGUUAUUCGAGGACCUGCUAAAUUAUAGCUCAUUUGUUAGAGUCCUCUUGUGGGAUGCUGCAGACUCAUCAUGACUGCAAUACUGCCUCCUAAGCUAAGAUGUACCCCAGCAAUGGGAAGUAGGCAAAUCAUAGUCUUGGAAUGUAUAGGAGUACAAUCUGAGAUUUGGGGUAAGUAGAUGACCUCAGAAACGAUCAUAAAGAAGAAUAUAUAGCCAGCUGCUUUGAAGGAAGUGGAGAUUAGUUUAGUGCCUACCUGGAACAAAGCCCUUUGGCGCUCUAGACUGGCCAAAUAAAUAUCUUGGAACAGCUUUCUGCCUCUUAAGUGUAGGGAUUUUUUUUGUCAGAAAAUAUCCUUUAAGAAAGAAAUCAAGUACCUCAGUUCCAUUCCUGUACAGAAGAGGAAAUGGACCUGGAGACAACCCAGACCAUUAGUAGCAGAGGGACCACAACCCACGUCAGUAAAAAGGAGUCAAAUGUUGCACCAUCCUAUUGUGAUCCAGCUCAGGUUAUGCCAGUUGUCUUUGAGUUGACUGGUAGAGAAGUGCCUUCUGUUGCAGAGAAGUUUUGCUCAUUCUACACAGUAGGCCCUUGACACUGCAUUAUGAAAUCCUACUUUCAGUGGCAAAAAAAAAAAAAAAAAAAAAAGAUGGCACUUGGGGACCCACACAGUUGAGUCUGUAGAUUGGUGCUGGGCAGCCCUGUUCCUGCUGCUGAGUCUCAGCCCUAGUCAUGACUGCCAAAAGAAAAUCCAGAAGAUGCCUUCAGCCCUUGCUCUUAUUUUCUACCAUAACCCUUUCUUUCCCAAGCCACUCCCUUUCUAACCUUCCCUCCCAAUAUAUCCACUUUAUGCUACCUAUGGGUUCCUGCGCUUUUCUUCCUUUGUACCUUUUCUGACACUAUCCCCUCCUCUUAUGAGUGUCCUUUUCCAGCUAAAUCCUAUUCAUCCUUCGAGGUCCUAGCUCAAAUUUCACUUUCACCAAGGAGCUUCCCAGAUUACUCCAGUAAAAAUUAUUCUCCCUCUCAUGUUCCCAAGAGGGAAGGAAAGAAAGAGAAUAAACAAGAGUUUAUUAA